CGCCCCCAACCCUGGGUUUGGAUCCGUCCCUUACUGAGCAGUGCGCGUUCGACUUUUUGACACUGGCCUCCGGCUUCCCCGCUGCCGUGGGCGGGACCAGGAGGCUCCAGCGCUCUGUAGCCUUUGAAAACUGGCUCAGAGCGCGGGUAGAGAAGGGAAAGCUUGGCAAAUCUUUGGCGGCUCAGGGGCCGUUAGCAACUGGUUGUAAAUCUCGGACUCCAGCUCCGCUUUCGUACUUAGCCAGGCCGUGUUUUCCCUCAAACUCUUUCACGGGGCGGAGCCCUGGGACCGGGCUGUUUACGGACCGGGUGCAAGCGUGUUACGUAAUCGUCUGCUCGGACCGGAUUGGCCACUCGGAGCGGCAGGGGUUUGGCGGGAAGUUUGUGAGCUCCUCCAGCGGGGAAAGCGGUCGGCCUGGAUGGCUUCUUGGCGGCGGGUGCGGACCCCCGGACGCGCGAGUGUGAAAUAUUCAAAGAACACUGUAGGAAGAACACAUUUCACAGAACAUGAAGCUGGCCAACAGCAUAAGCCUACGGAUGUAUUUGAUUUUUCUGACAAUUCUGAUAUCUCAAGCAUGGGCAGGAUGAGUGAAAAUGAGAAAGAUGAAGAAUCUUAUGAAAACUUUGAGCCUCCUUUACACAGCACUGCUAUUUAUGCUGAUGAAGCUGAACUCUCCAAACACAGCAGAUCAUUUAUCCCUUCAACUCCUCAAGGAAAAGAAGCAAAAAGAAGCUCGAACACUUCUGAAAUUGAAGAAAGUGCAAAUGAAUCUGUAAAAAUUAGUGCAAAAAAGCCAAGAAGAAAACUCAAGCCCAUUAGUGAUGACUCUGAAAGUGCUAAGGAAAGUAAUGUAAUAAUAAAAGGUAAACCAGCAGAGAAAAAAACUCAGAAAAAGAAAAUAUCUCAAAGCAAAAGGAAGAAAUCAAGACGUGAUGACACAAACUCAG